AAAGAAGUAUGUAUUUUAUUCAAACGUGAACUAGCUUCGAAUACAAAUUGCAUGAGAAUUCAAUCAAACUUUGAAAUGAAUUCGCAAGCCCUAAAACUCCGACCGUGAAACUCAGCUCGCAAUUAGUUAUAACGGUCUAAUUAGAAAAGAAAAGAUCUCGGCCCUUUAUCAUAUCAACGGUUGUGAUCUUAACUAACUAAUAACCACUAAUUGCAAAUAAACCCCUCCGUUACUGACUUUGAUACAGAGGCCCCUAAAAUUUCAAUGCUCGCCUCCUUUUUUUUUUUUUGAUGAAAUAACAUUAUAAAUAAUACAAACCCCACACACACCCCACCUAGUGGUUAUUGUGGCCGAGAGUACUCGAACCUGUGACCUCUUGGACAACAGGCAACCACCCUAACCACUAGGUCAUCCCAAGGGGACAAUGCUCGCCUCCUUUUAGUUUCUCGGAUAAUAGCUCACAGUUCAAACAAUAUUAAUUACCAAUUUAAUGAAAAAAAAAACAUGACAUUACUGAGAAAAAAAAACUAAAUAUUCUCCAUUAUAAAAGUUCAAACAUUAUAAUAUUUUCUGGUAUUUCUCGAUCUUUUUGCUUAUUCUGGUUAGCAAAGUGUGUAUAGCUAGCAACUCAUGCAGCAUAAUAACUCCUUAAUUGGUCCUAUUUUAGAAAAUUUAUUUGGUUGGCAAAGUGUGGAUGGCGACUCAUGCAGCAUAAAAACUCUUUUAUUUGUCUAUUUAGAAAGUUUCAAUAUGUAGCUAGUCUUCCUUUUGGAUCUACAAAAUCUUUUCAUGUAUUGAUCACGUAUUCAUUAAUUACACAGAAUAAGCUCCGGAUUCUGUAAUAUAUAUGAGAUGUCGUUUUAUGUUAUAUUUGCUGUAUUUCAUACGAAAUCAUGAUAAGCAAGUAAAGAUGAAGAAUCCGAGAAAUCCCAUUUUUUUCACCCAAGUCCAAAUCCCGUAAACGAUUUUUCUAGUAUUUAAUUAGGAGCACAUGAAAGCCACGAAAUUUAGCAUGCAUUUAUCAGGUGGGAAGAGCUGCUCAACAAAAUUCGAGGCCUUAAUGCAUGUAUAUAUAAUAGCCAUCGAGUUGCAUAUAUGAUACACAAUAAACUUGUCUAGUGAAGAAAUGGCAUUUCAGAGUGGAGAAGUGUCCACAGAUGAACUUAUUGAAGCUCAAGCUUAUGUUUGGAACCACACAUUCGCCUUCGUAAACUCCGUGUCCCUAAAAUGCGCUAUUCAAUUAGGCAUACCCGACGCCAUCCACAAACACGGCCACCCUAUCACGCUUUCUCAAUUGGUCGAAUCAUUACAUGCCGACCACACCAAAUCCCAAUGUAUCCACCGUUUGAUGCGGCUCUUAGUCCAAUCCAAGUUCUUCACCCAAGACACCACUCAAGAGGAGGCGCGGUACUGGCUCACACCAGCCUCGCGCCUCCUUUUGAGGAAGGCGUCUUUGACAGUGGCGCCUCUCGUGCUGCUCAUUUUGGACCCCAUUUUGACAGAGCCAUGGUUCCAUAUGAGCGAAUGGCUCACCAACGAGCGCCACCUCACGCCGUUCGAGGCGGCGCACGGGUCCAUGUUCUGGGAGCGCAUGGCACACGAGUCAGGCCUGGGUAGUUUGUUUGAAGAAGCUAUGCGUACUGACUCGAGGCUGGUGGCCCAUGUACUUGUUCGAGACUACAAGCACGUGUUCGAGGGAAUCAAGACGUUGGCCGACGUCGGAGGUGGUACCGGGACGAUGGCUAAGGCCAUCGUCGAUGCAUUGCCCGGCAUAAAAUGCCUAGUUCUUGACCUCCCACAUGUGGUGGCCGGCUUGGAGAGCACCCAUAAAUUGAGGUAUGUCGGGGGAGACAUGUUCGAGGCUAUCCCUGCCGCCGAUGCUGUUCUUCUCAAGUGGAUAAUGCACGACUGGGACGACGACAAGUGUCUCAAAAUCCUCAAGAGAUGCAAAGAAGCCGUGGGCACAGGAGGGAAGGUGAUGAUCAUUGACGUGGUCGUGGAUGUCAAGCGAGAGGAUGAUAAGGUUGUGGAAGAUCAACUCUACUUCGAUAUGGCAAUGAUGACUUACUUCAAUGGGAAAGAAAGAAGUGAGAAAGAAUGGGCAAAGCUGUUCUCUGAUGCUGGCUUCACUAGCUAUAAAAUUACGCAUGCAUUUGGGGUUAGGUCUCUACUUGAGGCUUAUCCUUAGCACAGAGGGCUCUAAUACUUGUGCUCUAUCUAUCGUCUAUUACCACAUAUACGUGUGAAUCGAAGCCACACUCUAUCAAGAUGUAUUUCACCAAGUGUAGCAUAAAUAAAUGAUAAAAAAUAUAUACCGUAA